AAGAAAAAUUUAAGGACAAUGAUGAAAUGGUACGAAAUAUGGUGAAAAUUAAUGGAAAAUUUGCAGAAGCAUCAAUUAGAGUUAGUUCGAAUGUGAAUAAAAUAAGCGUGAAGUAUGCAAAAAGAAUGGGAUUUACCUGGAAACAUUUGAAUAAGAGAAACAAUAGUCAUAUGGACGAUGGUUGCAUUGGAUUUAUUCAUGGCGUUGAAGUUGUCGUUAAUGAUGUGAAGUAUCUUCAAAAAUUUCAUGUAAUGAAAGACUUACCUGUCGAUGUGGUUCUUGGAACGCCGUGGUACAAAGCAUUCAAGUAUAGAUGUGAAUCAAUGAAGAAUGAUGACGAUGGUGGUAAUUGUUUGAGAAAAAUGAAUAGAAUCGUUAGUGUGAUGAAUAAGGAGAACGUUAAUACGAAAGAAUCCAAAAGAGAAUACGCACCUGAUACUCGAAUUGUGUGUGAUGAAGACCCAAAAGAACAAGGUCGUGAGUUCGAUGAUGUUGAUGAAACCGUUGAUAUUGAUGUAGUGAAUAUUAGAUGUAUGGAUUUUGAUAAAUCGAAUCGGGUGAAUGAAAUGAAAAUGGAGUACAAACCCGUGGCGUCUAACGAUGAGAUUCUCACUGUUAAGCAAAGCGAGUCUCUCCAGUAA